AUGGCGGGUCGCUACAAGUUGCUGCUACUCCUUAUAUUGCGUGGACAUUGGAUCGCUGAGGGCAAGAUCGCGAUUAUUCUAACCAGUGUCGAGUGCGAAAACUUUAUGCCCAGAUUUAUGACAAAUCUAUCGUGUGUUUUGAAAUGCAACAAACUGGACCAACCGGUGGUCGACAUGGAUUUUUUUCUAGCGCGGGACUUUUAUAAUAUCUCAAUUGCAUUUUCCGUCAAACUCGUGCGCGCUAAAUCGGUGAUGAACUAUUUGACAAUUCGAUUGGAUGCCUGUGCAGCCUUAAGUGCCCUGCACGAUCACUUUUUAACUCGCAUUAUAGCUAACGAAAUAAGAGAUGCCAGCAACUUCCCACUUAGCUGUCCAUUUGAAAAAAACAAACAUUAUUAUAUGCGCAAUUAUAAAGUCAAUGGGGAUGCGCUUCCAAAUUAUGUUCCUGAGCUAAGCUUCACGAGUAUUGGAGACUUUUAUGCAGGUCGACGUAAAACGUUUCGUUUUUUGCUCUCAGGACGUGUGACAAAAGUACACGAUUCAACCCGUAAAGGUUAG